AUGUCGCUCCCUCAAGUAAAAUCUGCUGAGAAUCGAAAUAGAUUAUCCGCCUUCAAACCCGUUUACUCGAAAAAGCAGAUGUCCUUUGCACUCGUAGCCGUUCAGUCAGGGUAUAAUUUUCACGCAAGAGGAUGUAAUCGACAGAAGUCCCCUCUCUCAGCGCUGGAGGAUUUUGUAGCCAACUACUUCACUGAAGAGUCUGUUUUAGAGGCAGAUCGAGUACUAUUAUCAAAAAGUCGAUCGUUUAAUCCGAGGCUUACCAAGAGAUCAACAAAUUCAACCAAAAAGUUUGUGUUCUCUGAAGUGCAGAUUAUGACUCUUGAAGAUAGUUUUAACUUCAAGCAGUAUCUGUCUCCACCUUCGCGAAAAUGGCUUGCAAACUUACUAGGUGUGUCCAAACGCCAAGUCGUUACGUGGUUCCAAAAUCGACGGGCAAAAGAACGCAAAAGGGCUGGAAUCAAGCUACCAAAGCAUGGGAAGAAGUGUGUACUGCAACAAUAG